AUGAAAUUGGUGGGUCCCCCUCAACUACCUGCUACCAGAAACUUUCAACCGUCCCACACACUAGUCUCCCUAAUUCAGCAUUGUUCCGCUGAAGUUUCAUUGUUUGCGCAUGGGAACAUACCCGGUCACUACGUUUUUCAGCAACCAACAAAUACUCUGCAAGAUAAUCCAUCGCUGGAAAUGCCUACAGACGUUUAUCUGUAUCCAUCACUUCAGCCGAAGGUCACUGGUGCACUUCAGCCUUUGCGCGCCAUGCAGGCCGUACAACCUAGCGCGGAUGAAAUAGGCAAACAGUUCGCGGCCCAGUAUUAUCAGACCCUUCAGACAUCAAGACCGGCUAUACGAAAUUUUUACCACUUUCCCGUAAUUAAUUGCCCCCAGGAACAGGCUCGUAUGAUAUAUGAGGGAGAUGAAGUAGUUGGAAGAGAGAACAUCGCCCAAAAAUUACAAAAUAUCAAAUGUAACACGCUGCAAUUCGCACUUUCAAGUGUGGACGCGCAACCAUGUGGGAACGCUAUCCUCAUCCUUGUUUGCGGACAACUACAGUCAGACGAAGAUCGGCCGUUGCCAUUCUCAGAAACCUUCCUUCUAACCCCGAUUGACAGCAGCCUUCUGGUCUGCAACUCUAUGUUCCGACUCAACCUUCAUCAUUUCUAAUCCAACAGCCGGCGAAAUUAAUAGUCUGCAUCAAUAUUUUCUGGGUCGGUCUGCCAGGGGGCUUGUGCCUGUGUCUUCUGUUCCACUACUGUUAUUUUCUGCCAUCCGGCCCGAUGCAGUUGAACGAAUGAGGAAUCAGUUCGUUUUGCCGUUUCCGCCUACGCCACUUUAACUACCCGGUUGAACUCUCCCCUAUUAUAGACACAUUUUCUAAAUGAUCCGCCUCUCGUCCAGAUAUGCUUAUUGUAGAUGCCCGUGGGUUGCAUUUUUACUAACGCUAUUCACCAG